CCACAAUUAGUUAUUUCUUUCUUUAGACCACCUCUCAGUCUCAUUCUCUUCUCUCCAAGAAAAUGAUGAGACCAUACGCCAAUCCCCGCCCCAUCAACAUAUGGACGGCUAGAAGAAAUAUUAAGAAAAUUAUUCCCGUUACUUUGGGCUUAGUCUUUAUCGUGACCCAGAUCAUUCAGCUCCAGAGAUCUCCCCUGUUUAGGGAGAAAGAUUCUCUUCCUGAUGAAGUCUUUCGCACUCGUAAGGGCAAUUCGAUUGGUAGCAUUUAUCACAGAGAAGACUUCUUCUUGCCAAAUUAUGCGACAAUGGAGAACGAUUUUAAGGUCUUUGUGUACCCAGGGAGAGACCCUACAACGUGUUAUGAUCCAAGAGACAAGCUCAAGAGAAAAUAUGCAAGUGAACAUUACUUCUUGAAGAAUCUGAUACCCAGUUCGUUCUUCACAGAUGAUCCUACUGUGGCUCAUCUCUUCCUGAUUCCCUUGUCUUGUAAGAAAACGGGAGGCAGGGAGGAGAAGGAUAUCGAGAAUUAUGUCAAGAGCUUGAUUUCCUCAUACCCUUACUGGAAUAGGACUUUAGGUGCUGAUCAUUUCUAUUUCAGUUGCCAUGGCAUUGACAGCGGGACUAUUGAAGAAGUUCCAUUGCUCAUGAAGAAUGUAAUUCGACUUGUUUGUUCACCAAGUUAUGACUCCAAGUAUAUUCCGCACAAGGAUAUUUCCCUCCCGCAGACAUUAGAGCUCUCUCUUCAUGAUGGAGACGACGUGUGGAGCAGGUCAACUGUGAUGUCUCGCCCUUUAAUGAUUUACCCAGAGAUGAUGCUCCCUCGCAGGACUAAACUCGGUUUCUGGGCUGGUUCUCUUAACUCAGAUGUAAGAAAGAAUCUUCAAGUUUUUUAUAAAGGUGCUCCAGAAUUUAACUUCCAUUUCUUCGACAAAAUGAAAAAGGCUGCCAUACUAGACGCUUAUGAAAAUGAACUAUAUGGGAGUAAAUUUUGCAUUUGUCCUCGUGGGAAUAAUCAUGUCGGUAGUGUUUGCUUAACGGAGUCGAUGACUUUUGGAUGUGUACCUGUUAUCUUGCACGACUACUAUGACUUUCCAUUCAAUGACGUUCUUGACUGGAAUAAUUUCUCUGUAAUUCUCAAAGAGGAACAUGUUCCCGAUCUAGAGAAAAUUCUUAAGGGAAUACCAGAAGAAAAUUACAAGAAAAUGCAUCAAAAUCUUCUUCAGGUUAGGAAGCACUUCCAAUGGAAUUCUCUUCCUGUCAAGUAUGAUUUGUUUCGCAUGAUUAUGUAUGAGCUAUGGCUGCGCCGCCACAUCAUUAAGUAUUGAACUGCUGGAAGAAGUUUCAACUUGUACCUUACAUAUGGUUUGAUAUCACUGCGUAAUCCUGAACAGCAAACACUUGAACAUUUUCCCCAGAUUGUUGGUUUCUGAAGUUAAAAGCACAUAGCAUUACUUGAUUUUCCUGUUCUGUAAAAUGUAAAAUGCUUGAGCUUAAUGCAAUAUAUCGGCAGUGAGGCUUUCAUAUA